UAACGCCCUCGCACUCUCUCCGGCGGCGGCAGCAGCUGCCCAAAUAAAUGGCAUCGCUUGCGCUCGGCGUCGUUUCAGUCACGUCGCGACGCUCGCCCGCAAACCGCCAAGUUUACUAAUUUUCAUAACACCGCAUUACACCGUCACAAAAUGGCUAAACGCAAUAAAGAAUUAGAAGCCGAGGUCAUGGAAUGGAUCUUCAAGUGUUUAGGAGAAUCUGUCCCUAGUGGAGCAAUUGAAGAUGUCCUCAAGGAUGGUGUUGUGCUAUGCAACCUAAUGAACAAGUUAACACCCGGAUGUAUUAAAAAAAUCCAAGCAAAAGGCACCAAUUUCCAACUGAUGGAAAACAUCCAACGUUUCCAGGAUGGAAUGAAGAAAUAUGGCGUCCCACAGGAGGAAAUCUUCCAAACAGCUGAUUUAUUCGAACGUAGAAACAUCCCACAGGUUGUAUUAUCACUAUAUGCACUUGGUCGUAUGACACAAAAACACCCAGAAUGGCAAGGCCCGACCCUAGGUCCCAAGAUGGCGGAGAAAAACGAGCGUACGUUCACUGAGGAGCAGCUGCGCGCGCAUGAGGGUGAGCUCAAUCUACAAAUGGGCUACAAUAAAGGCGCGUCGCAAUCUGGUCAAGGCGGAUUCGGUAACACUAGGCAUAUGUAAUAUCCGCCAUUUUGUUUUUUUUAUGAUUAUGUUUUUAUUAUUAUUCGCAAACUGUUGCGAAGCUUACACAACGCUUUUGCGCUCAUUCGAGCACCGUUUGCAGAUAGUUCAGAUCCAAAACUCGAAAAAAUUUGCGUUGAAAUUGUUCUCCUCACAUGUGGUCAGUAUUUUUGAAUGCGCUGAGUAUAUUCGACGAUGAUCGUGCCUUGGUGUCACUCGUGUGUGCGUUUUAUUUAUAAACUAUUACGAAAUAAAUAUUUUUCUAUGUGUUA